AUGGCUAAGCAGAGCUUAGACAAGUCUGCAGAAACAACCACUGAGAUGCUUUCUGAGGAGGACCUUGUUCCUCAAGAGACCGAGGAGACCAACUCCACGUCCCAGACACAGGAGAAGCCAAGGCACCACCACCCCCACCAUCACCCCGGGUGUGGUGACAGCUUGGAAGCCUAUUUCCCCUGGGUGCUAAAAAUGUGUCAACGGGGUCUCACCCUGUCCCAGGAGACCAUGGGCAUCAUGGAUUCCUGCGUUCAUGACAUGUUGGAUGGCAUUGCCAGCGAGGCGGGCCACCUGUCCUGCCAAGCCAACCACUCAACCAUCACCGCCUCGGAUAUCCAGAAGGCCGUGCACCUCCUGCUGCCCAGGGAGGUCAGCAAUAAGGCAGUGCACUAG